GACGGGGCGCUCUGGUGAUUGGGGUGGGGCCUUGGAGAUCCCUCCCACUCUCCCUUGGUCGUUUCUGCAGAAUACGAGCUGUUUGUGGAUACGUCUGGGAGGGGAGGAAGGACUGAAGUUGGGGGUGGGGUGAGGUGUAAACUCGCUCCUAGGUUCUGGGAGAUCCGGGGUUCCCCCUCAUCUCUUCCCUCCCCCCAUUCCCAGCGGGAUGGCUUCUUCUGGGGCUGCAACUGGAGAUGAUGUUGGCAGCAGCCGCAGCACCCUCAGGGAUGCAGACAGUAGGGAUUGUAUCUUGGAGCCUCUCUCCCUGCCAGAAAGUCCAGGUGGCUGCACCACUUUAGAAGGUUCCCCAUCUGUGCCUUGUAUCUUCUGCGAAGAACAUUUUCCCGUGGCUGAACAAGACAAACUUCUGAAGCACAUGAUUAUUGAGCACAAGAUUGUCAUAGCUGAUGUCAAGCUGGUUGCUGAUUUCCGAAGGUAUGUUUUAUAUUGGAAGAAGAGGUUCACUGAGCAGCCUAUCACAGAUUUCUGUAGUGUGAUAAGAACCAAUUCCAAAGCUCCAUUUGAAGAGCAAGAUGAUUAUUUUUUAUUAUGUGAUGUUUUACCAGAAGAUAGAAUUCUUAGAGAAGAACUACAGAAACAAAGAUUGAAAGAAAUCCUAGAACAACAACAGCGUGAAAGAUAUGAUACAAGUUUCCAUGGGAUGUGUAUGUUUUGCAGUGAAGAAUUCACAGGAAACAGGUCUGUCCUUUUGAACCACAUGGCAAGAGAGCAUGCUUUCAACAUUGGACUGCCAGACAAUAUUGUACACUGCAGGGAAUUUCUUGAGAUCUUACAGAAGAAGCUUGACAACUUACAGUGCUUGUACUGUGAAAAGUUCUUCAGAGACAAAAAUACACUUAAGGACCACAUGAGGAAAAAACAGCAUCGCAAGAUCAAUGCUAAGAAUAGAGAAUAUGACCGAUUUUAUGUCAUUAAUUAUUUGGAGCUUGGAAAAUCCUGGGAAGAAGUUCAGUUGGAAGAUGAUCGGGAGUUGCUAGACCAUCAGGAAGAUGACUGGUCUGAUUGGGAAGAACAUCCUGUCUGUGCCGUUUGCUUAUUUUGUGAAAAACAAGCAGAUACUACUGAAAAAUUACAUAUCCACAUGGAGGAUGCACAUGAAUUUGAUCUUCUGAAAAUAAAAUCAGAGCUUGGAUUACAUUUCUAUCAGCAAGUAAAACUGGUCAACUUCAUUCGGAGGGAAGUUCACCAAUGUCGAUGUUAUGGCUGCCAUUUGAAAUUUGCAUCCAAGUCAGAAUUAAGGAAUCACAUGGAGAAAACUAAACACAUAUCAAUGCUUCCUGAAAGAACCACAUGGGAUCAGCCACAGUAUUACUUUCCAACCUACGAAAAUGACACCCUGCUGUGUGCAUUGUCUGACAGCGAAGGUGACCUGAAUGCUGAGGGGCUGAAGGAAGAUGGCAUCCCUGUCAUAAGUGAGGACGUCUCCAAUCUGCAGGCUCUGAAACAAAGCAGCGUUUUGAACCAGUUGCUACAAGGAGAAGGUUCAAAAAGCCAGAGAAAACUGUAGCCAACAGCAGAAAUGUUGGGAUGGCUUUCAUACCCAAGCACAAUUCAGAGUUCCACACAGGAUUUAAACGUAAACAGGACCUUGGAGAUCAUCUUGUCCAAGCCAUCAUUUUAUAGAUAAGAAAAUUCAAUUCCUAAGAGAUUUUGUGAUUCACCCUGGAGAAGACUAGAAGUAACAACUAGUACCAGUAUUCCAACUCAGGUACCCUCAUCCCUAGAUGGGAGAUCAGUCAUAAAAGGAGAAAACAUGGAAUUUCAGCAGGUCAUUAUUUGACUUAAGAUCACCUGCUAAGGAAAAAUGAAGUUCAGACUAUUUAAAUCUGUGUAUUCUUUUGUAAUGCUUGUAAUUUCUACAUAAGUUAUUCUGAAUAAAACUGCGACAUGAAUUUUUCUGCAAAACGUGGCUAGCUUUUCACAGUGCACGGUGCUCUUGGGAGGAUGGCUGUAGGCAAAGGGAACUCCUGGGAUGAAAGCAAAGGGCAAGAAUCUCCCCUCUCCAUGACUUUGUGCAGGUUAUCUCUCAUACUUGAAAUGUACUUCUUUCUUCUUACCUCUGCCUCAAAGAAUCCCUAGCUUUCUUCAAAGCUAAACUCAAGUGACAUCUACAGGAAACAAGUAAAAGACAAAUCUUUUUUGUGUCCUCAUCAGGAAUAAGAUUCCCUCCUCU